AUGGGAUGCGCCUUGUCCAGCCCGGACGUCACAUCGGACCCGGCUGUCGCCGAAGGGAGGCCCUGCUUGGCGCUGGAGGGCGGUUUGGGUUCGAGCAAGGAAGCGCGGUGCCUGGGCAACGGGGGGACCCUGGAACCCCUCCAGCUCUCGGAGGCCCAGAAGACGCUGGUACGGGAGUCCUGGGAGGUCUUGCACAAGGACAUUGUGAGGGUUGGGAUCAUCGUCUUCAUCAGGCUCUUCGAGACCCACCCGGAGUGCAAAGACGCCUUCUUCCUCUUCCGAGACAUCGAGGACUUGCAGCAGCUCCAGAUGAACAAGGAGCUGCAAGCUCACGGGCUCAGGGUGAUGUCGUUCGUGGAGAAGAGCGUGGCGCGGCUGGACGAGGAGGGCAAGCUGGAGCUCUUGGCCUUCGAGCUGGGCAGGAGCCACUGCCGGUACAGGGCUCCUCCCAAGUAUUACGAGUACGUUGGGGCCCAGUUCAUCCAAGCUGUCCGGCCCAUUCUGAAAGAGGAGUGGACUCCACAGGUUGAGAAGGCCUGGGAGAGCCUCUUCAGGUACCUGGUGGCCACCAUGCGAAGGGGCUUCUACGAGGAAGAGAAGGCGACGGAGGCCCGCCAGUCCCUCUCUGCGCAGAAGGCCGGCGCUGCAUCCACCCCGAGCAAGGCCUAG